AUGGAGGAGGUGCCGGUUCCCACUGGCACGCGAGACCGCAAGGCCUCCCGCCGCGCCUUGCCGCUGCGCCGAUUCCUCAACCAGGUGCGGUACAACCUGGCGGAAGCGGCGCAGGCGGCGCGCAUCUUCGAGCCGUGCGACGCCUCCUUCACCGACCACACGCCGUGCGAAGAUCCCGAACGCGCGAAGCGCUUCCCCAAGACAGCCAUGAUGCACCACGAGCGGCACUGCCCGGCCGUGCGCGAGGUGAAGCAGUGCCUCAUUCCGCCGCCCGUCGGCUACAAGACGCCGCUCCCCUGGCCGCAGAGCCGCGUGGAAGCGUGGUACGUGAACGUGCCGCACAAGCACUUGACGACGGCGAAGGCGGACCAGCACUGGAUCCAGUACGAGGAAGAGACGGAGAAGUUUCUGUUCCCUGGCGGCGGGACGAUGUUCCACGACGGCGCCGAUGCUUACAUCGAGGAGCUCGGGAAGAUUAUUCCGCUCACGGACGGCUCGAUUCGCACCGCGCUCGACACAGGCUGCGGGGUUGGCAGCUUCGGCGCGUACAUGCUGAACCGCGGCAUUCUGACCAUGUCGCUGGCGCCGCGCGACGGGCACGAGGCGCAGGUGCAGUUUGCGCUGGAGCGCGGGCUGCCCGCCAUGAUCGGCGUGCUGGCCACGAAGCGCCUGCCGUACCCGCCGCGCUCCUUCGACCUCGCGCACUGCUCGCGCUGCCUCAUCCCGUGGGCCCGCGAAGAUGGGCGCCUCCUGGCGGAAAUCGACCGCGUGCUGCGCCCGGGCGGCUUCUGGGUGCUGACAGGCCCGCCCAUUUACUGGAAGCACUACGCCAGCGGGUGGAACCGCCCCGAGGCGGACCUUGCGGCGGAGCAGGCGGAGAUUGAGCGCACGGCGGAGAGCCUGUGCUGGCGGAAAUUCGCGGAGAAGGGCAUGUUCGCGGUGUGGCAGAAGCCGCUCGACGGGGAGUGCCUCAAGGGGAAGGCGGCGGAAGGGAACAGUGUUCCGCCCAUGUGCCCCGUGGCGGCGGACCCGGACCUGUCGUGGUAUACCCCCAUGCCCGCGUGCCUGACCCCCGUGCCGGCCGUCACUGACGCGGACGGCGUUCCUGGCGGCAAGCCGGCGAACUGGCCGGAAAGGCUGAUGGCCGUUCCGCCCCGCAUCGCGCUGAACCUCGUUCCCGCGGCGGCCGCUCCCGUCGACGCGGCGGACGGGGCGGAGAUGGUUCUGGGCAACGGCGGCGCGGGCGCCGAUGCGCUGGCGUCCGCGGACGGGUUCCGCGCGGACACGGAGGAGUGGCGGCGCCGCGUGCGGUGGUACAAGGAGAAGCUCCUCCCGGAGCUGGGGCAGGGUCGCUACCGCAACAUCAUGGACAUGAACGCGCGCGACGGCGGCUUCGCGGCGGCGCUGGCGGAAGCGGACGACCCCGUGUGGGUGAUGAACGUGGUGCCCGUGGAGCGCGGAACCGCCAUCGGCGCGGACGGGGAGCCGCCGGCGGGCGCGGGCGCGGGCGUGGAGGCCGUCGCGACUUCCCCCGCUUCGGUGGCGUUUUCGGCGGUGGACACGUUGGGAGUGAUCUACGAGCGCGGGCUGCUUGGUUCGUACCAGGACUGGUGCGAAGCGUUCUCGACGUACCCGCGCACGUACGAUCUUGUCCACGUGUCGAACCUGUUUUCCAAGUGGGUGAACCGGCCGUGCCCCGUGGAGCACGUGUUGCUGGAGAUGGACCGUAUAUUGCGGCCGGAGGGCGCGGUGCUGAUUCACGACGAGUUGCCCGUGCUGCAGCAGCUGCUGCGCCUUGUGCCUGGGCUGCGCUGGGACGCGCGCAUUGAGAGCAGCGGCGGGGACGACGGCGCGCAGGGCGAGGCGGUGCUGGUGUGCGCGAAGAAGUACUGGACUGCGGGGUGA